AAGCGAACACUGUGAACAAAAUAACUUUUAGGCUGUUUUUCUGGUUGUUUCUCCCUGUUCGGUCUAUUCUUUUUUUUUUUUUUAUCACUAAUGAUGAGUCAGGUGAGAGGGUUUACUGUGGGAUGGGUUAAAGUUUAAUGACUGUGUUAUAAAUGCAUCACCUAUAAGCGGUUGGCACAGGCACAGCCUGCAUCAGGAGCUCCAAGGAGAACCACGACAAAUUGUUAGGUUCCCGAAGAUUCAAAAUGGCAAAGAAAAUAAUAAUAGUGGCCCUUGCAGUACUGCUAUUAGCAUGUCUCGCCACAUUUCUGGGUGUUUUCUUUGGUCUGAAGAGAGACAGAGCGAAUGGCUCCUGGAAGGCAGCAGUCGCAGCAGAUGCAGGCCCCUGCUCAGAGGUUGGCAGGGACAUUCUGCUGAAAGGAGGAUCUGCAGUGGAUGCCUCAAUAGCGACGCUGCUAUGCGUUGGAUUAAUGAAUGCUCACAGUAUGGGCAUAGGAGGAGGUCUUUUUCUCACCAUCUAUGAUGCAAAAACCGGAAAAGUUGAGGUAAUUGAUGCACGGGAGACGGCGCCUCGCAAUGCAACAAGGGAAAUGUUUGGAAACAGCACAGAAUUAUCCCGGAAAGGAGGGUUGUCCAUUGCUGUUCCCGGAGAGCUUCGGGGUUACGACAUGGCCCACAAGCGACACGGCAAACUACCCUGGAAAGAUUUGUUUCAGCCAAGCAUUGAACUUGCAGAAAAAGGAUUUCCACUGGGCAAGGCGCUGGCAAACGCUAUUGACAGAAACAAGCAACUCAUUGUGAAUGACACAGCCCUCUGUGAAGUGUUUUGUGCAAAAAACGGCGGCGUGCUGAAAGAAAAUGACAUCAUUAAAUUCACCAGGCUGGCAGGAACAUACAGGAGAAUAGCCGAGAAAGGAGCAGAAGAGUUUUAUACAGGACAACUGUCAGAUGAGCUUGUGAAAGAUAUUCAGGACGCAGGCGGCAUCAUCACAAAGGAAGAUCUGAGGGAUUAUGAGCCUCGGUUGGAUGAAAGCCCUUUAAGGGUGAACGUGGGGGAGUACACCAUGGUUGUUCCCAAUGCCCCCGCUAGCGGCCCUGUGCUAUCUCUGAUAUUAAACAUCCUGAAUGGUUUCAACUUCAGUGCAGACAGUAUGGCGACCAAGGAGAAAAAGAUCCUAACUUUCCAUCGCAUUGUGGAGGCAUUUCGCUUUGCUUAUGCAAAGAGAACUUUGCUUGGAGAUCCAAAGUUUCUCAACAUUCAAAAUUUAAUCAAGAACAUGACCUCCUCUUCAUAUGCUGCCAUCUUGCGGGAAAAGAUUACGGAUGAUACCACACAUCCCAUUGACUACUACGAGCCAGAGUUUUGGCUUCCUGAAAACCACGGGACGUCUCACCUGUCCAUCGUUUCAGAGGAUGGGAGUGCGGUGGCUGCCACCAGCACCAUAAACCACUAUUUGGGCUCAAAAGUCAUGUCAGGAUCCACAGGAAUCAUUCUUAACAAUGAGAUGGAUGACUUCAGCUCACCUUAUAUCACUAAUGGGUUUGAUGUUCCUCCGUCCCCAAGCAACUUUAUCAUUCCAGGGAAAAGGCCGAUGUCGUCUAUGUGUCCAACAAUCCUUUUUGACAAAAACAACAAAGUCAAAAUGGUAGUUGGAGGUUCAGGAGGAACAAAAAUUACGACUUCUAUCGCUCAGGUGAUUCUCAACGCGCUCUUCUUCAACUUCGAUGUUGAUAAAGCCGUCUCAGACCCAAGGUUACACAACCAGUUGAGUCCCAACACCACUGAGGCAGAGCCUGAGUUUGACAAAGAAAUCAUCGAUGGUUUAGCAAAGAAGAACCAUGAGACGGCGUUCCUCACGUCAUCAGGAGCCAUGGUGCAGGCUGUGCUGCGUCAUAAAAACGGGCUGUCCGCCAAGUCGGAUCCUCGUAAAUGGGCGUAUGCAGCUGGGUACUGAGGCCGCAAAUCCUUCGCUGAUUAUGACGUUCCAGAAGCUGUUUGUACUUUAACACUUUUCACACAACAUUAGAGACGAGACAUGAGGAACUCACCGAAGCCAAACGACCAUCAUCAACAGACUGACUCAGCGGAUUUUGUGUGUACUGAGUUAUGUUUGUUGAUUUUUACAAAACAGCACUUCUGUUAAUUCUAAUCUCUUCUGUAUUUAUAGGCAGUUUAAUUUAUUAUCAACCAUUUUUUAAAAAAAUGUAGUUUUAUAAUUUUGUUCUAAUCCAGUGUAAUUUAAAAAUUAUUUGUGUUGUUCUUUCUGAUAUCACUGCUGAGCUGCUAUCGAGCUGUUUUUGGUUGUUGAACAGAAUUGUAAAAUAAUGAAUAACAAAAGUGCCCAGACUGUAACGCCUCAGGGACAAGCCGAUCCAGGAAAACAAAUAAUGGCACGCAAUAAUUUCCUAACACCCAGAAUGCUGCGACCUACAGUGACCUCAUCUCAUUAUAUUUACUGCUUCUUCUUACAACUAUGCUUUUCAUUGGCUGAACUAUUAAGUAUUAGGAAGCGCUCCUAUCACUUUUAUUUUCUUCUUAAAGUCAUUAAGCUGUUUUACAAGGACACUGUAGUGAAAGGAGCCUGCAGCUUCUCAGUUCAUAGGUUAAUAUUCUCUUCUCAUGGGCCUAUUGUCAAAGAAAUAUGUGACAUGUAGGUCAAAUGUUUUCUGGUGCUUUAAAGGGUUGGUAUGUUUUCUAGAGGUUCUGGGAGGUUUGUAGGAGUGAGAACUCCCCUAGUUGUCGUAAAAUGUCACACAGCCUUGAGUUUGUAAGGAGUGAUUAAUCCUCAGAGAGAGAGAAAGCUUUAGCUGAAUUUAGAACAACUCAGUCAGAAAAUGUUUACAUCUGUGGGAUGAAACUGUAUUUUGGUGGGCAUUAACCAUCUGAGCGC